AUGGCCACCGCGCAACCCGCCCCGAGCCACCAGAUCCCUGUUUAUCCCAGCUAUGUCCGUCCUACAGCGCCACCCGCGUCCUCGGCGCUGCCUGCAAGGCCCCGCCCUGCAUCCACGCUAGCAUCACAGAAGACCGCCGCAGCGCCACGGCCCGCCGCCAAGACCACCGCCUCUGCAUCAUCCAAAUCCAAAAAACCUCCCCUGCCCGCUCCCCCGAGAGUCAUUAUCGACUCGGACGGCCGUCACUUCAAGCGAGGCGAUCUUCUCGGCCAGGGUGGAUUCGCAAGGGUAUACAUGGCUACCGAUCCCGAGGGUCGCCAGAAGGCGUUCAAGGUGAUUGCCAAAUCGGCCAUCAUCCACUCGCGCAAGAGCCGUCAAAAGGUGCUUGCCGAGAUCAUGAUCCACAAGUCGGUCAACCACAUCCACGUGGUCAACUUCGAAGACUGCUUCGAAGACGACGAGAACGUCUACUUCCGACUCGAGCUGUGCUGCAAUGGCUCGCUUAACGACAUUGUCAAGAAGCGCGGGCCCUACACCGAGCCCGAGGCACGAUACCUCAUGGUCCAGAUCCUGGCGGGCACGCAGAGCCUCCACCAGAACAGCAUCAUCCACCGCGACCUCAAACUCGGCAACAUCUUCCUCGACCAACACAUGCACGUCAAGAUCGGUGAUUUCGGUCUGGCGGCGCUGCUCAAGCAUCCGGACGAACGCAAAAAGACCGUGUGCGGCACGCCUAACUACAUUGCGCCCGAGAUUCUGUACGAUCAGGGACAGGGGCACAGCUUCGAGGUGGACAUCUGGUCGGUGGGUGUGAUCCUGUAUACGCUGCUGGUGGGCAAGCCGCCGUUCCAGACGCCCAAGGUGGACGACAUCUACGAGCGCAUCCGCAAGAACGCCUACGAGAUUCCUGCCAAGGCCGGGCUGAGCAACGAGGCGGUUGAUCUCAUCACGCGCAUCCUUACGCACAAUCCGGCCAAGCGACCGACGCUGGUGCAGAUCAUGAACCACCCGUGGUUCCAGUGUGGGCCUGUGCCGCUGACUAUCCCUCCGACCGCGCUGGAGGGUACGCCGUUCCUGCCGCCCGUCACGGCGCGCGAAUCGGCGCGCAAUCUCGAGAUGCUCAAGCGCCAGGCCAACUGGAACGACCGGGCCGAUGAUCUGCUCGAGGACGCUGCCGCUGCCGGCGAGGCGUAUGCGGAUGCGCAGGAGCCCGUCGAGGUGGUGCUCGACGCGAGGAGCGAGCUCGAGCAGGCCGAACAUGCCGAGGAGAGGAGGGAGAAGAUGGACCGCGAGGCGCAUCACGCUAUCCAGCCCGAGAGCCCCAUCUCGGCGCUGCUCAAGGCUGGACGACAGCCGCUCAUUAAAGCGCCUGCACCUCCGCCGCAGAGUCUGGCGCGGUCCACGGCGAGCUCGCUGGCGAAACAGCUGUCUUCGCUCACGCUCUCGCGUCACACGCAGCCGGCAGUGGCGGACAAGGAGAAUGCCAACCCCAUGGCGCCUCCUCCGCCCGCCGCUGCCGCGAGGCCAGAGUUCGGCAGGAUGUACUCGCGCAAUGCCAAUGCGGGCGUGGACGACGACAACGCGCGCGCGCUGCAGCAGAAGGCGCGACUCGUCACGUCGGUUGCGGCGCCAGGGUCGCUGCCGACGCGGCCGCUGUCGACGGCGUCGUCCAUGGGCACGCUGGCCGAGCAGGCCAUGGUGCCUUCCUCGUCUCGCGGCACGCUCGCUUCCGUGGGCAGCUCGAGUGCGCUUGCACCGGGAGCCAAGAAGACCAAGACGUCGAUCGAGGUGAUUAUCGCACACCUCGACUCGGCGCUGACGUGCAUCGAUGCGAACGAGCCUUACGAUGCGCCCGCCACUUCGGCGGCCGAUACGGUGCGCUACGUCGAGACAUCGUGCGAUCUCAACGGCACACGUCUGGUGGCCGAAUCGCCACGCACCUUCCUCAUCUCCUGGCUCGACCAUUCCGAGCGCUAUGGCCUUGGCUACGCUCUGAGUGACGGUACGGUGGGAGUGUACUUCCGCGAUGCUACGAGCAUGGUGCUAGCCGCCAGCAAGAUGUACGUCGACUACAUCUCGACCAUCCGCAAGCCAGCGGGAGGGGUUCGGACCGACCAAUUGAAGCGGGAGAACUUCACCACCGGCGAUGGGGAAGAAGGCAGUGUCCCCCGUGAGCUGCAGUCGCGCGUCCGCGUCAUGCGCUACUUCGAAAAGGAGAUCAUGGAUCGUCUGUACGGCGCCGAUUCUCCACUCACCUUUUGUGACACGGCUCGCACGUCGGGUAUGGUGUUUGUGCACAAGUGGUACAAGACCAAGGACGCCAUCGUCUUCCGCCUCAGCAACGGCACGGUCCAGCUCAACUUUUACGACCACACCAAGCUCUUCCUCACGCACGGCGCGCAGGUCGUGAGCGUCAUCGAACCGCUCGACAAGACCGGUGGCGUGCCUCGCAUGACUUCGUGGAGUCUGGAUGAGUUUGUCAGCAUCGCAAGGACCGACCGCUCCGCUAGGGAAGCCCAAAUGUCAAACACCACCGAUCGAACCCUAUACAAGACCCGCCCCGCAGAGAGGAGGAAGGUGCGAGGCCUCGUCAACAAACUCCGCUACGCCCGCGAUGUCCUCGCUUCGACUGUCAAACCUAACCGCCCUUCUUAG